AUGUUUCGCACGUUGGCCGUGAUAUUAUUCAUGGCCUCAGUGGCCGUCGCCUUGUGCUGUCCGUUGUUUCGUCGAACUCGAAAAGGGAUUAUUUAUAUUCAUUUCUGCCUGAUUCAAGCGUUUCACGUGUGGUUCAAUGCGGAUGAGCACCUUGUUGGAUAUAAUUAUUCGAAUAUUCUUCUGUGCGCGGCUGCCAUUCCCAUUUUCAUCGAACAUAGCCUCACAAUGAACCAGGCAUGUAAGUUUACCCGUUUGUGUCUUUUUACGGAUUUUUUAGGUAAAGAGAUUGAACUGCAUGAGGCAUUUAUGGUUACGGUAUCACUGGUUUUAUUCGACUGGUUCAGUAAACUAGCUUUUGAAACUUCUAGAUUUACCUCAAUUUACAUUUACACGACUGGUCUAGCUUGUCUCGUCUAUUUUUACGUCAAUCUGGAGAUGAAACCAUGGAAAGAUGCCAAUUUGGAUGUAUGUUUGCGCUUGUUAUUACGUAUACUGUCUGAUCGAUUCAGGAAUUGGCUUCAAUUGAACAUGAUAGUCUCUUUAUCGACUUCCGAAACCGAUUGAAUAUGACUGGUCGAGGUGGGGACUUGAGGUUAGUGCAGAUAUUCGGUCGACUUGCACUUGGAGUAAGUGUAAUUCUGUUCAGUUUGAUUAUCUUAAUAAUUUAGUUGGUCCCCUAUUUUGGAGGCUUUGUGUGGAUACGAUACCUUUUUGUGUUAUCGGAUUGUGUUUCGAUAGUGGGAAUAAUGUUUUCUCCACCCAUAGUGGGAGGGAUGGUUCAAGUCAUGAAGAUGUUGGGAAGGUUUAUCGUCGAGAGACAACUCCAAAAGAGAAUAAAGGAGGCCCUCAAGAAGUAUAAGAGGAGAGGAGCUCAAAGUCCAAGUCGCGAACUAUUGUUGGCCAAUGUUGAAGAGGAAUUCAAUGACGAGUCUGGAUUUGUUACAACCGAAUUUGUUUAG